AGUGCUGUAAUAGAGAUGCACGUUGUGUUGGAGAGCACAGAGAAGGAAGUGCCCACCUCCACCUGGAAAGAGCAGAGGACUGUGUGUCAGAAGGGUUUUCAUGGUCUCCAUUCUGCUAAACAUGAAGCACGAAAGAGGGAACAGCCCAUCUUCAGCACUCGAGCUCAUGUCUUCCAGAUCGACCCCAACACAAAGAAGAACUGGGUGCCCACCAGCAAGCAUGCAGUUACUGUGUCUUAUUUCUAUGACAGCACAAGAAAUGUGUACAGGAUAAUCAGUUUAGAUGGCUCAAAGGCAAUAAUUAAUAGCACCAUCACCCCAAACAUGACAUUUACUAAAACAUCUCAGAAGUUUGGCCAGUGGGCUGAUAGUCGGGCAAACACUGUUUAUGGCCUGGGAUUCUCCUCUGAGCAUCAUCUUUCGAAAUUUGCAGAAAAGUUUCAGGAAUUUAAGGAAGCUGCUCGACUGGCAAAAGAGAAAUCACAAGAAAAGAUGGAACUUACCAGUACCCCUUCACAGGAAUCAGCAGGUGGGGAUCUUCAGUCACCUUUAACACCAGAAAGUAUCAAUGGGACGGAUGAUGAAAGAACACCUGAUGUGACACAGAACUCAGAGCCAAGGGCUGAACCAACUCAGAAUGCGUUGCCAUUUUCACAUAGGUACAGAUUCAAUUCAACCAUCAUGAUUAAUUCAGCAAUCAGCAAACACUGGGAGGCUGAACUGGCCACCCUCAAAGGAAAUAAUGCCAAGCUCACUGCAGCCCUGUUGGAGUCCACUGCCAACGUGAAACAAUGGAAGCAGCAACUCGCUGCAUAUCAAGAGGAAGCAGAACGUCUGCACAAGCGGGUGACCGAGCUUGAAUGUGUUAGUAGCCAAGCAAAUGCAGUGCACACCCAUAAGUCAGAAUUAAAUCAGACGAUACAGGAACUGGAAGAGACGCUGAAAGUGAAGGAGGAGGAAAUAGAAAGAUUAAAACGAGAAAUUGAUAAUGCCAGAGAGCUGCAGGAGCAGCGGGACUCCCUGACUCAGAAACUGCAGGAAGUAGAAAUUCGGAACAAAGACCUGGAGGGACAACUGUCUGACUUAGAGCAACGUCUGGAGAAAAGUCAGAAUGAACAAGAAGCUUUUCGCAAUAACCUGAAGACACUCCUAGAAAUUCUUGAUGGAAAAAUAUUUGAACUAACAGAAUUACGAGAUAACUUGGCCAAGCUACUAGAAUGCAGCUAAGGAAAGUGAAAUUUCAGUGCCAAUUGAUUAAAAAAAUACACUGUCUCUCUUCAUAGGACUGUUUGGGCUCUGCAUCAAGAUUGCACAAAAAAUUUGAAUAUCACUCCUGCAGGAAGAGGAUCUUUUGAAAAUUGGAAUUGUAUAUUUCAGUGUAAAUUUUAGAAUUCAGCUUGUAGCUAGUUGGGGAAAAAAGAGAUGAAAAACUUGAACUACAAAUUACCUCCAUGUAUAUUAUUGGCCAUAGUUAACUAGAAAGUUAUAAAUAGACACUUAAUGCAAUCUUUUUUUCCGAUAUUAGCCAAUGGGAGAAUUAACAAUGUCUGGGUCACAUCCCCUUUUUGUGUUCAACACAGUGAAGGUUAUCUGCUUUUUAAAUUAAUUUAUUUAUGAUAUCUAAAGCUGUGUUUUGUGCAAAAACUUAGUGAUGAAAGCCCUGUCUUUUGUUGUAAUCUGAAUAAUUUCUCAGGAUAUUUUUGCACUGCCGAGAAGCAGUGCCAUUACCAGUUAAUUCUUGCCAGGAGUGAGAGAGCUGCAUCUUUCAUUGAAACAUACUUGCUAUGAUUGGGUGUAUAGAGUUCUUCCCUUCUUUACACUGGAAGAGAUUUCACUCUGCUGACCACGCUGGUACACUCUGAUGGUCUCUAACCUUGUCCGCUGUGGAGUUUACUUUUCCAUGUUGAUUCCAUGUAUUUAUGAGAAGAUGUUGUCUCCCAUUUUAUUACACAUUUUAAAGCCAACUAACGAAGGCAGCUGAGUCCCUCAGAAAUUUUUCUUUUUAAAUUUCUAAUAAAUUUGACACACAGUACUGAAAUAUAGCAGCCGUCACUGACGGUCUGGUCUAGCAAUGUUAAGUCUAUUUACAGAAUAUGCAGUUACAUUUAUUUAUAUAUUUUGCAAGAAAUCUUUUCUGAAUGAUCAAUGCAUUUCAAUUUACAAAUAAUAAUGGUUAUUGGGGAACUGUUUAUUAUAGAUCAUUUUAAGGUGUAUAGCUAUUUUAAAGGGGACCCAUUUCCAUCAAACAGCCGAUCAGAGGACUAUUGGGAUUGGAGCUGUGUACUCUGUCUGGGUCUUCACGUCAGCCACAUCUCUAGUCAAACCUCACAAGGCAAUAUUCUGAACUGUUAACUAGGCAUUUCAAAACAGGAAUUCAAUUCAAUAGGCUCUUCUCAGUAAACAGGUUUUAAUGUUGUUUUGAUGUAAUUUUAAAGGACUUUCGGCAAACAUGCAUUUCUUUAUAUAUUUCUUUUAAGAAGCUAUUUUAAAAGUAAGCCAAGUGCUGUCUAGUCUGCAUAUGGAGUAGGAACUGCAUCAGAGUCCAUAUAUUCUUGCUGUGCGAUGCCUGUGAUGCUGAGGGAGUGUUUGACUCGAGGAAGUCUGCAAAUGCACUGACUCUGUUUGUACCCCAAAAAGAUUGAAUUGUUCAAUACAGAAUUAAGGUAAUUAAUCAAUUUGUAACCAUUUUUUCACUCACAAACAGCUACUCAACACUAAACAGUUGUUUUAUAAAUGUAUGUGUAUGUAUGUAAAUACAUACAUAUUAAUUUAUAUUAGAGUGAAAAAUAAAUGGUUUGUUUCUAAAGUUAGUUUCUAAAGUGAGUUUUCAGGUGUCUCUGAAAAGUUUAUAUCAGACCCUUUAUCAUCGUGUAUUAUGUGUGCUAUAACAUCAUAUGAGUUACCUCCAUCUAGUUUAGGAUAUCUUCCUCCCCUGUUUCUUACAGGGAAGAUAAUUUAGGUACACAGGCUCAGAGCUGAGAGGUCUCUCUGAUAGAUCAGGUACUACAAUUUAUUGGAUUGAUGAAAUUAGGUAGAUGUGCUUUUAUCCAUCAGUUUCUGAGUGACAGAGAGCACCAGAUUUUAAUUUAAAUAGGGAUUUAACACUAGGGAUCAGGGAAUUUAGUUUUGAAGAGUUAAAAAUAAAAAAAAAAAAGUAUAAACUGUUGAAAUGGUAAGUGAAUUAUUUUAAUGAUGUGAUAAGAUAUUUUUAAAUUUUGACAUAGUUGUCAUUUAAUGGGAAAAUAACUCACCAAAAUGUCUCCACUUGAAUUGUAUUGAUAUGUGAGACAUGUGUGUAAUUCAAUAUAUACAUAUACCCAUAUGUAUAUACAGAAAAUUAUUUUUAAUAUUUUGCUACUGCUAUGAAAUUUAAAAUUGGAAAUUUUGUGAGUUUUUUCCUUGUGCAAUAGAGCCUAGAUUUUUCUUUUUUUAGUGAUUUAACAAUUUCUUGAGGGCUGCACCUUUAAAUUCCCAGAUUGUCAUUAGACGUGUACAGUAUAUGGGAGAAGGUGGACACAAGUGCACAUAUAAAUAAAAUCUUCUGACUGACUAUUUUAAACAUUCAUUUACAGUAGGAGAGUAUCUCGAGUCGUCAUCUACAAGUCAUAAUUAGGUCAUGUGCCUACUGUAGUUUUCUCCAUUUCUGUAUUAUAUAAAGUUUGCAUAAUAAAAUUUGAUUUUUCCCAGAGACAGGUAUUAUAUAAUGUAUCUAUAUUUAGAUCAAACUGUGGUAAUAUAUUUAUCAGAAAAUCACAUGGGGAACUAUAGCCUGAACAUGUGGACUUGAAGUGACACAAAAAAGGAGAGCAGAGAUUGAUCCCAUUGUGUAUAAGUUAUUCUAUGAUAACUAUGAAUUCUUGUACAAAAAGCAACUGAAAAAAAAAGAAAAACAAAUACAGUUUUUAUUUUGAAAUACAUUUGUUGUUCUCUGGAGAAUGUACUUUAUCUUUUUCCCUCAGUCUUUUACAGAUAUUUAAAAGCAUUAAGUGAUGGCAGCAUUUACUUAAAUCUUACAGGUGCUACUGGAUUUUGCAUUAGUGUGUUAUGUUGUGAAAUCCUAACUUUGACAUAAAAGGUUUUAUAAAUAUUUCCCUGCCUGGAAAAUUAGUUUUUGUUUCUCCUCUCUUCUUCUCUCUCUUUCUCUCUUUCUCUCUUCUUCUCCCCCUUUCUUUCUGCAGAUUAAAAAAAGUUCAUGAAGUUGCAUCCCCACUUGGCCCUAUAGAAGAACUCCAGCACCAUCAUAGAUUUAAUGUUUUGCUGUCAUUGAACCGUUGGGAAGCAGUUAGAGGAAAAAGUUACAUUUUUUUUUCAAGUAGAACUAAAAGACACUCAAAAUUAAAACCACUAUCACCUUUUAAAACUCUUUUCUUUGCCAUGUUAAAAUUAAAUUUAUUUUUUAAUGUAUGUGCUACAGUCUUCCAAGCUCUCUCCUUGCAGACCUGCUUCUCUGUCAGUUCUGGAAUGGGAGGCGGGCCAGAGGGAAAGUUUUUUUGUGGCAGUGUUUUUUUGAAAGAAAUCCUUUUGUUUAUUUGCUAUCAAAUAACUUGAAAAUCAUGAAAUUCUGUGCUUGAAGUCAUGAAAUAGUCUUUAUUGAAUUUUUGUCUUCUGGAUAUUUAAUAGCAUUGUUCCUUUAUCAUUCAUGAAGUAAAUUAAUUUAUAUAAAAUCUUAAAAAAGAAAACUUUCAGGUAAGAAGUAGUUGAGAAUGACAUAUUUUUAGAAAUUUCUCAAGUAGGAUACUGUCCUAUAAUAAGUAUUUGUUGAGGAUAUAAUUUUUAUGUGAGAGAAUAUUUUUAAAAUUACUAGAAAAGGAUCGUUUUAGAAUGGAAAAAAUGUAUCAUUCACCUUACUCGAAAUUGUGAAAGUGUAUUUUUUCCUAAUAUUCAUGUUAAAUUGGACCUCAAAUUUUUAUGACAGUUUUUCUCUAUGGGAAGCUGAUAUAUAGAUGUCACACAAAUAGAAGCAUAGUUAUUGCAUUAGAGAAAUGAAUGUUUUUCAUUUUUUGUUUAUAUAUUACCUAGUAGAAUAGCUAACAGUUUUAUCCAAAACAAAACACUCAAAGACUCAAUCAGCACUACACUGCCUAGUGAUUUCUGCUGGUACACUAGAUAGAAAGGAAACAUUGUAGGUCAUUUUUAUGAAAAACAGGUGACCCAGGGAGAGAAGUUAGAUCUAGUCAAUCCUCUGGGCUCUUUGAGGACACUUCUCUCCUUUAGAUUAAAGGACACAUUCCAGAGGACAGCAGGAGCACAUCCGGUGGGAGAGGAUAUUUUUUGUGGAAAGAGCCAGCAAAAAGCAGGAGCACAGUGACUUCAGUUUUUAUCUAAAAGUACAUCAGGACAGCCAGAGACACAUAAGUGCUACUUCCUACCUUGCUGCUGCUUUUAACUAAACGUGUUGGAAUUGCCCUAAUGAAUUCCAAAGGCUUUCAAAAGAUCCUGUCAUUUGUCUUGUCGGGAUUUAUAACCUAAUGUGAGACACCUAACAUUCAGAACUCACCAUUCUGUGGGAUUCUGACCUACUUUUGUCAAUUAUUUUAACAUCAAAUCUACCCAGGGCCAGAAAUAUUACUUUGCUUUCUCCUGAUAACACCAAAUUAAGGUGAUAAUGGGUGCCUAAUAAAUGGAAAAUUAAGCCCAUUUCUGUGUAGAAAAAUGUCUUUUGUGGGUAUUUUUUUCUAUCAACAUUCCUGAUUUUGUUAUCUGUGUUUUUCAACUAUGUUACUAUAUAUGCGUAUGUAUAAUAAGUCAUAUCUGUGUGACUUGCGUAUAUGACUUAUUUGAUUGUGAUACCUUAGGUAGAAUGACUAUUUCAGAAAACAUGGCUAGAAAGCAGAUAGACUUGAAGUGAAUGCUGUCCUGACCAUUUCAGUAUGAAACGGAACAGAAAGGGGUGUUUGUUGAGUAUCUGCUGUAUGACAGGCCCUGUACUGUUUGACAUUUCAUUUCUACGUGUAGGGGCCUUGCAGGGGUGUCCUCUGGAAGAGGGCGGGGGGGAGGAAGGAAGGCGGCUCGGAUGUUUGCACUCGCUGUGUGCCCAGUGAUCGGUCUGGUCAGCUGGUACCACAGUCAGAAGGGGGAGAUCUUGCUUGUGUUUCUGGUACAGUUUUCCCUCCAGCUUGUCUGCCUUGCCUCUCGAAUAUCUCAUUAGGGCACUUAACUAAAUACUUUAUACUCGCUCUUCUUGAACAACCUCUUCAGCCUCAUUUGGUGUUUACAUGCUUGUUAUUGUUCAGUUAUAAAUCAUACUUUGUUUGCAGGUGUCAUAUUUAUGCGAUAUGUUUUAGUCUUAAAUUUUUAAAAAAAAUUUACAGCCUUCAGAUAAUCCAAGGAAGUUAUAUUUUAUAUGCAGAAUUUCAGUUUAUAAAAUUUAAGUAGCAAACCAUUUAUAAAGGCCUUGGGAAGGUAAUUCAUCUCUUAAGUUUCCUAAUGAAACAAGUUGUAAACCUGUAAAACUCAUUCUCCAACAUUAUAUAGUAGUUCAGUAGGAUGCAGGUUUUGCAGUCAGUACUGGGUGACUUUGUGGUCAAUUAUGGUUCCACAGAAGUUAAGGCCUCUGCAGGCUAUCUAGCCAUUAGAUCAACCCUAGAAGUAACUCAUGGCCCUUGGAUCUUUAGAUGAGUGAUACCCCUCAUAUAAGUGGAAUCAUACAAUAUUUGUCUUUUUGUGUCUGGCUUAUUUCAAUUAGCAUGUUUUCAAGGUUUAUCCAUGUUGUGGCAUAUAUUGGAAUUUCAUUCCGUUUCAAUGCUGAAUAAUGUUCCAUUGUGUGGAUAUACCACAUUUGGCUUAUCCGUUCAUCUGUUGAUGGACACUUGGGUCACUUCCACCUUUUGGCUCUUGUGGAUAAUUCUGCAGUGAACAUUGCUGUAUAAGCAUUCGUUUGAGUCCCUGCUUUCAUUUCUUUGGGUAUAUUCCUGGAAGUGGAAUUACUAGAUCUUAUCUAAUUCUAUGUUAUCCUUUUGAGGAGCCACCAAAGGAUUGGGUUUGAAUUGGGUUAAUUUAAAAGAUUCAUAGAGCAAGGUGCCAUCUCACUGGAAAAUCACAGUCAUGGGGUUAUUGUUUUGUUAAUAGACCUGUAAGUGAUCCAUUGGCCUCUAAAUCAUGCCUUUUACUCUCUUAGUUAAAACAUUUAUUGAGCACCUGCUAUGUCCCAGGCCCCAUCUGAAAUAGAGACUGGAGGGAGAAGCUCACAAUUUAGUACAAGACACGGACAGUUACUUUAUAGUGCAAAGGUGCAACGGUAAUGGAGAGUACUAGCGCAGGGGAGCCCCAAGGGAAGAAGAGUCAAGAAGUCUUUCCCAAAAGAGAUGACACUCAACUGAUUCUUGAUGGAGGAGUGGGAGCCAGCUAGUUGAAUAAGGACUGAAAGAGAAUUGUAGAGGGUAUGUCAUGUGCUAGAGCUCAGAGGGAUGAAAGAAUUGAGACGUUUAGAAACUUAGAACGGGUUAGCACACUGAAACAUAGGCUGUAGGGAAGGAUAUGGCAAAAGAUGGUGACGGAGAAGUAGGCAAGCAGUAGAUGAGGAAGGACUCUAAGUCAUAUGAAAGAUUGGGGUUUUUAUUUUGAAGGUAAUGCAGAGAUACUGAAGGAUUUUUUGUAAAGAAGUGAUGUGAUAAAAAAAAAACUGUUUUACAAGUCUAGGUAGUUAUGCAAAUCACAAUCCCUGUUGAGAGUCUGCUUUAUGGCAGUGGCAAUGGGAAAGGAGACGAUGGAAUGGAUUCAGGGAAUAUUUAGGGGGUAGAAUCAGUAGGACUUCUUUGCUAAUGAAGAUGGCGAGGAAAAGAGAAGAAAGCCAGAUGACUCCUAAGUCUCUUGAGUUGGACAACAGGGUGAACAAUCCCAUUUACUGAGAUAAUGAAUUCAAGAGGGGGAAGGGCUUAGUUUGGGUGGAGUCAAGGAGGUAAGACAAAGCAAAGGCAAAGGUGAGAAUGAUGAGUUAGUUCCAUUUUGAGUUUAAGAUGCCUAUAGACUAUCCAACUGGAGAUGUGAGUCUAGAUGGAGCUCAGGAGAAAAAUAUGAGCUGGAGGUAUUUGGGAGAUGUUAGCUUAUGUAAUGGUGGUUGAGGGCAUGAGAAAUGAAGAGAAUGUCAAAGGGAAAUGUCACUUUGGGCCAGGUGCGGGACAAGAGCUUAUGAAAGAGACAGAAGGGAUGGCCAAGAGGGAUGAGUGGACAAGGAGUGGGGACUCAUGGAAGCGUAGAGUGGAGGUUCAGAAAGCCAAAUUUCAUUCCAAAAUAAAUCAAUCCACUCAUGUCUUGAGGCAGUGAUAUUCAAACUGCCUUGAGAUCCUUCCUUAAUAUUUGAUUUUAGAAAUAUUUUAACUUCAAAAAUUAAAAACCAACAAACUAAAAUAUGCUGUUUUUAACAUAUUAAAAUGUUGAAAUCCAGCAAACACGAGUACUAGGUUAACUUUUUGUGCAGAGGCCAGAAUAAGGCCAUCCGUGGUACAUGAAAGAGCAUCUUGGUAUUUCAAGGUGAGCUCUGAAAGAGCGGCUACCAUUUCUUAGGCUGAAUCAGAGCUUUCUCAGUACUGUGCAACUGAAACAAAAUACAGAGAUGGGGUCACCUAAGAAAACCUCUGUCUUCUGUAAACCCAGUCUCAAAUAUUUAUGAAAAUCACUUUUCUUAUUGACUUGUUACUUAAAUUACGUUACAUGCUGUUCCUUCUGUUAACAUAUUGGACUUCCAUGUAGCUGUCAUUUCUAAACGGUUGCGAGGGGGGGAAGCUACACCCAAAAAGAAGUUAUAGAACUUGGCUUAUUGAUCUUUCUGUGGCUCACCUGACUCUCCAAGCCAAGUUCUAGAGGUUUAAGUAUACUACAUAUGUCUUUUUAACUGUGUUAUUUUGAACUGAAUUCACCACUAGGACCAGGUGAUUUUGUGUUUGCAUUGCUGUAGAAAGUUUAGAGUUAACAUUUCUGUUAUCUUAAAUGAUCCUUACUCUUUUUUUCAUAUUGAUUCAUAAACAGAUAACUGUAUACAAAUUAUCUCUGGUAUAAAUUAUCUCAAAGGAUGACAACAACAAUAACAAAAUACUCUGUAUUUGGUUUUAGACUGCUGUAUGGUAUUUGAUUUUUAUUUCUAGUUUAAGUUAAAAAUUAGCUUGAAUUCCUUGAGUAGACAUGACUUGCGCUACUUGGGCAACAAAUUAGAGCAUGUUAGACAUUCCAGAAAGAAAAGAGGAGCUACUGGUUCUCAAAGUUGGCUCCAAAUAAUCCAUAAAAUUUGCAAAUCACUUGUGAAUUGUCAAAUAAACUCUACCUUUUAAACCAC